AGUAGGUGUAAAUACAAAGUGCAACGAGGAACUGGGCUGAUUAUAAAGGCAGGAGAGUAGGAGCAGAUGGGAUGAGCUCGGCAAGUGUUGAUUUCUAACGCAUUAAAUAGAAAGUGAGCUUUGCAGCCAGAAGUGCAAUAUUUCCUAAUGCAAUUUCUUUGGAGUGUUUAGCUGCGUCAGCAUUGUGUGGCACUGCUUCGCACGCGCUCGCCCUAUUAAUCUGCUGUCAACGUAAAGACACCGAGUUAGCAACGAUGUCAAAGAUGAGCACCAGCCAAAGGAUGUUCCUCAGUGGGGUUGUGGAAGGUUUUUAUGGGCGCCCAUGGACUAUGGAGCAAAGGAAGGAGCUGUUCAGAAGGGAGCAGAAAUGGGGAUUGAACACAUACCUUUAUGCCCCAAAAGAUGACUACAAACACAGGAUGUACUGGAGAGAGCUGUACACCUCAGAGGAGGCAGAGCAACUGAUCACACUCAUUUCUGCCGCGAAAGAACAUGACAUUCAGUUCAUCUAUGCCAUCUCACCCGGACUGGAUAUUACAUUCUCAAACCCCAAAGAGGUUGCUGCUCUAAAGAGGAAGCUAAGUCAGGUGUGUGAAUUUGGCUGCAGAUCAUUUGCCCUGCUUUUUGACGACAUUGAGCCAGAAAUGUGUGCUGCUGAUAAAGAGGCCUUCAGCUCCUUUGCUCAUGCACAAGUGUCCGUCACUAAUCAGGUGUAUCAGCAUCUGCACGAGUCUCAGAACUUUCUUUUCUGCCCAACAGAUUACUGUGCUGCUUUUUGUACCCCUAAUGUGAGCCAGUCUUCAUAUUUACACACUGUUGGAGAGAAACUUCUCCCUGGGAUUGAUAUUCUCUGGACUGGGCCCAAAGUGGUGUCCAAGGACAUUUCUGUAGAGUCUAUCGAGGAAGUGUCCAGUGUUCUAAGAAGGCCACCAGUGAUUUGGGACAACAUCCAUGCAAAUGACUACGACCCCCAGCGGCUGUUCAUGGGACCCUUCAAGAACCGUCCCACAGAACUCAUUCCAAAACUUAGAGGAGUUCUUACCAACCCUAACUGUGAAUUCGAGCCCAACUUUGUGGCUAUUCAUACUCUAGGCACUUGGUGCAAAUCUAACACAGGACAGAAAGAUGUUGCUAUGGACGGCGAGGAUCAGGGUUCUGACUACAAUCCCAAGGAGGCUUUGCGGCUUGCCCUCUCUGAUUGGCUAGUUGAGUUUGGUGUGGCUAAUCAACCUGAUGUGUCCCGUGCGGGCAGUGGUCGUGCAAAGAAAGAGUCCUCUGAUGAAGAGCCCAUGCAGACAGAUGAGUAUGUGCCAGGGCCUAGAGAGAACCCACUGUACACUGCUGAGCCACUCACCCUGGAGGAUCUAAAUUUGCUUGCUGACCUCUUCUACCUGCCCUAUGAAUACGGUCCCACCGCCCUCACAAUGCUGCAAGAGCUACAGUGGCUAAGAGGCAACAGUAACGCUGCUACAUUUGGCCUUGUGGUAGCCGACAACAACAAGGCCAAAGAAUGGCGCGAGAGAGCGGAGCACUUUGAAGAUUUGUGUGCCGCGGUUGUCCGUAUGUUCAACAGGCUAUCGAACGCACCCAACAGAACUAUUCUGUACGACCUGUACAACUACAUCUGUGACAUAAAGAGUGGUGUGUCCUUAGCCAGAGCAUUCGUCAACAGUUUGGGUGGCCGUAAUCCUUCUCCCUCUCAAGUAAUAAACGAUGACCCGGAACCAUGGGGAUUCAGAGGUGGACUUUCUGGAGAGUUCCAGAGGAUGCUUCCGUGCCACGGCAACCGAGAUCUCUUUCGGAACCCUCCUGCCACUAGAGUGUACACUAUUCGACCAUGCACCCCCAAAGAUAAGUCUGAGGUUUUGAAAUUAUCCAAGGAAAUGCAGAGCGACGCUACACUACAGCAAGCUUCUUUAAUUAGUGACGGGUUGGUGGACGGACAGAUUACUCCAUCUAAACACUGCGACCUGGUGCUGGAGGAUGAGGUCGGCAUCUGUGGUUUCGCUUUAGCCCUCACUGACGCAAAGACGGCCUUGACAAUGUCCCAGUAUCCAGAAACAAUGCUGAGAGAUUUCCCCUCUCUCAUGGUUCUUCAGAUCCACCCAAGAGUACCAGAUCCCAACACUGCAAAACGCCUGAUUGGCAACAUGCUCUCAUUAUUACAAGAAGCUGGCUCCACUGGUGUUUUUUGCGAGUUCAGAUCUAAUGACAGAAGAAUGCCAGACUUCCUCAGGACUCUCGGCCUGCUCCAUGUGCUAACUGUGGAAGGACUACAAACAGGCCUGGUAAUCAUGGGAACAAAACUUUGAAUAAUGAUCUGUAUCUACAGUAAUAGUAUUUGUAUUGUAUGUGUAAUCUACACCUAUUAAGGAUGUCGAUUUAAACCCAAACCGUGCCAUUAUUGUUAAACAAUAAGAAAUGACAAAAAUAAAGUUUUAACUGGAAAAAACUAUUGCAAA